AUGUACGAUCAAACUGAAGUGGAAUUCCUUGUUAAUUUAAUUAUUAGUACACAAAAAUCAGAAAAAUCAUUUUCUCCUUAUGAAUAUGACUAUCAUUCAUUAAAUACUACUUCACAAUUUCCUACAGCAUCUACAGCACUUUCAUCGUCUGUAUCAUCUUUAAAAUCAUUUUCAAAUUAUCGUCCCCGUCAAAAAAUUCUUAUUUGUGGAUUACCAGAUGAUAUAUCCCCUUGUUUAGACUAUGCAAUGAUAGCGAAACCUGGAAUGAUUGACUAUUCAUCUCUAAUUAUUGCCAGUACUGAUAUUGACGAAUUAAUUGUAAAUUAUUUUGGAAAAAUUAAAAUUCAUCUUGUCAAUUGGGAUGAAACAGACUACGAAGAGAUGUUAAUUGAACGUGUACGACCGAGAUCAGAUAAUUUUGUUAUUCCGUUAGUGAUUGAAUUUCAACCAACUAUUAGACGAAUGAAACGAAUUAGAGAAUUAUUAGAAAAGAAUGGUACAUUAGUAAUACCAAGUGAGAAUCCUGAAUGGCGGAUACGAUAUACAAAUUUAAUGAAUAGUUUUACAGAAAACAAUGGAACACUCAUUAAAUUAGCUGAAAAUGUCUUCGACGCUGGAUUUACACGUCAAAUUGAUCAUUUACUUGGGAGAAGACAUAUGCAUUCACGUAUCUAUUUCGGCUAUGAAAAACCAAUUGAAUCACCACAGAAAUUUAUUGACUAA